AUGAUUGAGGAAUUACUCCACCAGAUGACGCCUGGGAAGGCAUCUCUUCUCUUCCUAGGCGUCUUCUUUGUACUCUGUAUAGUACGAAAAGUACAGGUAUCCAUGCAUAUCAAACGGCUGGGGAGUCAUGCCCCUCUAGUAAGGUUUCGCCUUCCAUACGCCAUCGACUUUAUCUACAAAUCUCUUGCUGCCAACAGAGCCCACCAGGACCUGGAGUUUUUCAGCAACGCAGUCAAGGAAGCUAAGGGGGCAUCUCAGAUAGACAAUCCCAGAACCGCCGAAGUCAGCGCCGGCAUCUCGUCUCGAUUUAUCUUCACCCGAGACCCCGAAAACAUCAAGGCCAUCCUCGCAGGACAAUUCGCGGAUUAUGGAAAGGGUGAGCCCUUCCACAACGACUGGAAAGAGUUCCUGGGCGACAGCAUCUUUGUCACGGAUGGUGAGCUGUGGUCUCGCUCGAGACAUCUGAUUCGACCGAUGUUUGUGCGCGAGCGCAUUGUGGACACCGAGGUUUUUGAAAAGCAUGUUCAGCACCUCAUUCCCUUCCUGUCGGGGAGCAAUUCCCCCACCGGUAACAAAAUCGUCGAUGUUGGUCCCUUGUUCUUCCGCUACACGCUGGAUGCAGCUACCGAUUAUCUUCUGGGUCAAGGCACGGACAGUCUCCAGAACCCGACCACUGAGUUCAGCGAAGCAUUCGGCUAUGUACAGCAUCGCCAGGCCGAUCUAACACGACUAUCGAUCUUCAAGUUCCUACUCUCGCUAAAGGAAUUCCGCCGCAACCUCAAAAUCAUGGACAACUUCAUCCAACCCUACAUCAACCGAGUCCUCUCCCUCUCCACCGCCGAACUAGACCAAAAACUAUCCAAACAAGACACAUUCCUCGACUCUCUCGCCCGAUUCACCCGAGACCCCAGAGUCCUCCGAGACCAACUAGUAGCAAUCCUCCUCGCAGGCCGAGACACAACCGCCGGAACGCUCUCUUUCUGUCUCUUCGAACUCGCCCGGAACCCCCAAGUCGUGGCCAAACUACGACAGGAGAUCGAGUUGCGACUGGGCGUCGGAGCCAAGGGCCAAAAGCCCAGCUACAUCGAUCUAAAGGAGAUGAAGUACCUCAACGCCGUUCUGAAUGAGACGAUGCGUCUUUACCCGGUUGUUCCGUUCAAUGUCCGUCUCGCGCUCCGUGAUACUACCUUGCCCCGUGGUGGGGGUCCAGAUGGCCUUUCGCCGAUUGGGGUCCGUGCUGAUACUCGCGUGGUGUAUUCGACUAUGCUUAUGCAGCGCAAUCCGGAGAAUUAUGAUGCUCCUGGCUCGCCUAACUAUAUCGAUCCCGAGAAGUUUCAUCCCGAGCGCUGGUUGUCUGGUUGGCAGCCUAAGCCGUGGCGGUUUAUCCCCUUCAAUGGGGGACCGAGGAUUUGUCUUGGUCAGCAAUUUGCUACUAUCGAGAUGGGGUAUACGGUCGUGAGAAUCCUUCAGGCCUUCCGCGAGAUUAAGGCCUUCCCCGUCAGUGGAAAGAGUGUCGUGGAGGAUCCUGUUCUUCGGUUUGAAGUCACGUUGAGUCCUGGAUCGGAGUUGAAUUGUCUAUUUGUGCCAGAUGAAGAAGCGGGCCCGACUAAUUGA